AUGUUGGUCAACACGAUUAUCGACACGGUUGGGUACCUUCUCCACCCGGUGGUUGCGGUCCUUGCGCUGCCCUUGCUCUUGGUGGCUCUCGAGUUGAUAUGGGUCAUCUACGCCAGGAAGUUCCAUCCCCUUGCAGGUGUUCCAGGGCCAUGGCUCGCCUCUGUGAGUCGCUUGUGGGUGAUGCGCCGGCUCAAAGUCGGGGAUAUGGACAGAGUGCAGCGCAACCUCCAUCACAGAUACGGGCCCUUGAUCCGGAUCGCUCCCAACGAGUUGUCCUGUUCUGAUCCAGAGGCCAUCAAAGUUCUCUACAGGACGGCGGCGCCCCUGACAAAGACGGAUUUCUACCCCGUCUGGGGCAACCCACGCAUGUCCAAGUAUCGGGACAACUUUUCUCAGGUCGAUGAGAGGCUUCACUCGGAGCGACGACGGAUUGUCAAUCACGUGUACAGCUUGUCCAACGUCCUUCAGUCCGAAGCUUCCAUCGACAGGGUCACGACCGUCAUGGUGGACAAGCUCACUCAGCUGGCUCAAAGUGGUCGCGACUGUGACUUGGGAACCUGGGUCCAGUGGUACACCUUUGAUGUCAUUGGGGAACUCUUCUUUGGUCGAAUGUUUGGAUUCCUGGAGCAAGAAACUGACUAUAAGUCCUGGAUCUCUUCCUUGGAUGCUCUCAUGCCCGGAUUCUGUCAAGUCGCCGUCGCACCUACCUAUCUUCGACCGUUCAUCCUCCUGUCGUCGCUGUUCGACUCCAAGAUGAAGGCCGCGAUCAAAUGCACCGAGACCAUGGAGGUUGCAGCUAGGGAAGGUGUUGCGCGAAGGCAGGCAGAGCUUGACCAGGGAUCCUCGACCUCGGACAGCCGAGACUUGCUUCAGCAACUAUUCAACAUCCAGCGAGAGAAGGGCGAAAAGGUGGAUUUCUCCAGGAGAGAAGUCGAGCAGGAAGCAUACAUCGCGCUGCUAGCUGGCUCGGAUACCACAGCGAUUGCCAUCCGGUCGAUCUUUUACUACAUUGUCAAAGAUCGGAAAGUAUAUGAACGACUCCGCGCAGAAAUUGACAAGGCCAAUGCUUAA